CGAAUUCUUAAAGUGUACGAUUUGUGUACGUUUUCGUGUCUGAUGUUGUCAAGGUCAUUAGUUCGCGCAAAUAUCUCGUAAAAACUUCCUCACGACGUACACGUUUUCGUUUUCAAUUAGGAAUCCAACAACUAAGUAGCCAUUUUGAAGCUGUCAAAAGCGUUUCUUGCUGUUUGAUUGUAUGCGCGAUACGUUCUUUCGUGUUCUGACAUUCGGCGUUGAUUACUGUUAGAUUUUUAUAUUGCGGGUCACUCGCCUCGUGUAAAGUAAACAUAAUCAUAAAUGUAAAAAAGGUUUAAAUCUGAAUUUUAAAUGUGUAAUGUGAAAUAAACGCUGUUUCAAGAAAGAUGUUGAGGGGAGAGUUAGAAGCACUGCGAAUUUCUACGACGAAGCUUCGAGUUAUCUUUUAACGAUUCUUCUGGAAUACUAACGGGUCUGUUUAACUUCCUUUACAACGCUUUAAAAACAGAGCGUAGUUUUCAGCACGGUGGUGUUCGAAAUAGAGGAAAUGGCGACCGACAUUGAAAAAUCGGACAUUGAAGAAUCGAACGCUCCACCGAAAAGACAAUGCACGCAAUUCGUUAAGGUCAACGAGACGUUUCGGGAUACGGAGAGGAGUUCAAGCAUAAAGGAAGAUACUGUACAAUAUACAGACAACAUUGAAUAUGAUGAUGUAGAAAUACAUGUGGGAGAUAGGUUGAAAAAUUGGCAAGAAUGUCAAUUGGCUAAGGGACAUGCGGACAAUUACAUUAACAAACUGUUAGAAAUCUACACGUUGGGGGAACCCUCUUAUUCUCUUGAGGAAUCCAGUUUUCAAUUUUUUAGAACAAAUGAUAUGGAAGACACUGCAAUUAUGAUGGCAAUUGAAAAUCAUGGUCUAAUUGGAUCUGCAGAACUGGUUUGUCAUUCCAGUGCACUUUCCAGUGAUAAUGCUCCAGAAUCUUGGACAGGUAUACAUUGUUCCUGUCCACCUACUCAUGUUGAAGAUUUUAUAAAUACAUCUACAAAUUCAUUGAGACUGAGCAAUUUAAAUGAUGUGGAUGGAUACAAUGGACUUGAUUUGGAUUUGGAUAAAAUAGAUGAGAGUGAUCAGCAGGAAAACUUCUUAGAAAGAGCUGUAGCAGAGGCUAUCAAAAAAAAAGGGCUCACUGCUCCUAAUGUUAACUAUAGUUGAGCAUGCCAAAUAAAAUCUUAUCCUAAAAUAUGUUUAUAUAAUAGCAUAGAUGAUAUUCAUCGGAAGUUGUCAAAAUAAUUCUAAGGAAAAAGACUCUGAUGACUAUCUAUUUCUUUACCUAUCAAAUGCAGAUAAAUCCAGUUAUGCAUAGAAGUGUAACAUAUGUGUAUGUUAGAUUAAAAUAUCAUUGAUCAGAUUUCAUUAAUAUAUAAAAGAAGAUUAAGUUUAGUACAAAAUUUUGUUCAUAUUGCAUAUCAUUUAAAAAAAUUGAAAAGUAUGAUUUUAAUACAUUGAAAAGAGUACUACAAAUUGCAAUAAAUUACAGUCUUUAGCUGGCAUUUACAACUUUAGACAUUUUGACAAAUAACUCAAUAAUAUAUACAUAUGCAAAAUAUGUAUGUACAGUAACUGUGACAUCAGUUACAAGUUUUGUAUGUUCAAAGGUACUAAUUCAUUCCAUGCAGCAUUGUAUUACUUUUAUCCAUUCCUGGAGAUGAAUUUCAUCUUUCUAUAUAAUGUAACUUUUGCGCGAUACAUAAAGUAUAUUUACGUUUUAAAAUUAGUAUUAUAUAUAUAUAUAUAUAUACUUUUAGAAACAAAAGAGGGCCAUUGUAUGUAAGAAUACUACGAUUAUUUUUUUCCUUUUGUAUACAAUGGCCUUCACAAUAUAUGUAUUUCAUAUCUGUAAAUAGAUUGUUACGUACGAAACGUAUAAAUAAAUUUCCAUUCACGUUACACGACGACAUGUAGCUCUAUAAUAAGACAUGUAACGCAUUCUCGGUAAUUCAUAUGUCUGAUAAACUAUAAAUAAAUA